AUGUUUGGAUGCAAAUCAGGAUCCCCAAAUACGCCAUCCUGUCACACAUGGGAGGCGGAAGGCGAGAUCUCGUUCCAGGAGAUGGAGGCCAUCGGCCAAGACCCCGCGGCCCCCGCGGCCAACAAGUCGGGAUACGCAAAGGUCGUCGUGGCUUGCCAGAAAGCUGCCGAGUAUGGCCUCCGCUAUGCGUGGGUCGACACAUGCUGCAUUGACAAGACGAGCAGUUCCGAGUUGAGCGAGGCCAUUAAUUCCAUGUACCGGUGGUACCAGAACGCCGAGGUCUGCUUCGCCUUCCUAGCCGACUUGCACGCCGAGCCUGGCGCUCUCGAGGUCGACCUGCCGCGAUGUAGGUGGUUUACGAGAGGUUGGUGCCUGCAAGAGCUUAUCGCACCGCGCAGGGUCAAGUUCUUCGACGCCUCUUGGAAUCACAUCGGCACUAGGGCCGAUCUGUCGUCCGUGAUCUCAGGCAUCACGCAGAUCGACGAGCAAGUCUUGAUCGGUAGCGGCCUCAUUUGUUCGAUUCCCGUGGCCCGGAGAAUGUCGUGGGCUGUUGCGAGGCAGACCACGCGCGAGGAAGACAUGGCCUACUGCUUGCUCGGUAUCUUCGAUGUUCACAUGCCCAUGUUGUACGGAGAAGGCGCCAGAGCCUUCAUGAGGCUACAGGAGGAGAUCAUCAAGACGUCCAAUGAUCUUUCCAUCUUUGUGUUUCUAGACCAGCCGAUGCGAGGUGACGAUCCCAGCUCUUCACUGGUAGACAGCGCGCUAGAGCCCUACUGCGACCUGUUCGCCGCGUCACCGAGGGACUUUGCAGGCUGUGAAAAAGUUGUCGACAUGGAGGAGACCAGCGUGCGCUAG